AUGCUUAAAUUAGAUUCAAAUGAUGAUGAUGAUGAAGUCGAGAUAAUGAAAAGUAAAAGCAAAUUAUCCAACAUAUUUGAUGAUGAUGGUGAUAAUAAUUUGAUUGAGGAUUCAAAAUCUCGUUUAUUUUACAAACCAAAACAAAAUAAAAAAACCGAAGAAAAAUCAUCUCGGAGAUCGUCAUCUGCUUCAAAUUCUUCUGGAUCGAAAUUGACUGUUCUUAUUGCGUUUGCCGUCGAUGUUUAUAAAUUUGAAAAUUCACAAUAUUCUUAUGUAGGAAAAUUUGGACUUGCAUUGUGCGGUAAUGAGCAAGAAUCUUUAUAUCGAAUUAUUUUAUAUACGGCCAAAAAUCAGCCGAUCUGUUCGGCUACAAUAUCGGAAAAUUUUCCCUUUCUUUGUCAGCAAAAAAAUUAUUGCCUUAUUCAGGAUGACCAACGACAAAAAUGGUCCAUAUUGUUUAGCAGUCAUUCCGACGUAUGUCAAUUUUGUCGCCAUCUUGCUCAUUGUUUGUUUUCCGUUCGAUUCAUAAAACAUAGUGAUAAUGGUGACAUUUCAGUUAAACAACCAUUAGGUUUUCAUGAACAACUCAAUGAUGAUUGGAGUAAAAAAUACGAAUUGAUGAAUACUUUGAUCUGUUUUCGGUUAGAAAUUACUGCGUUCGAACAGAAUUAUUCCUUGCAUUCUAAUCUUCGAGGCUCUGCCAUUUGGCUUGAAGAAUCUGUACAUCGAUGUGCAUUAAAAGAUGAUAACCGGCAAUUAUUCAAAUGGAUUUGUAAGAAUCCUGGUGAUCGUUAUUACCUUGUCAUACCAUACUCACAAUUUGAUCAUUAUCGAAAAAUCAUUCCGAUUGAAAAGCUUGACAAAUUUGUUAAACAAAAACAAGAUAAAAUCUGGAAAAUAGCCAUAGAAAUCGAAAUGGUCGGUUUUGAAGCAGUUGAACCAACAAAUCUAGAAUCUAGUCAUCAAUCAUCAUCCGAAACUCUUGAAACAAAAGAUAAGAGUAUAGAUUUAGCAACGAAAAUGUCACGAAUCGGAGCUAUGCCAAUCUUUCCAUUAAUCCAACAAAUUCAAAACACUGCAGAUAUUCAACGUUCAACAACCAGAAAUGAAAUUGAAGAAAUUCACAAUGAUGAUCAACAGCUUCGAGAUGAUAAUCCAAAUAGAUCAUCGGUUAAUUCUUUAGAUUAUUUUCAAAAUUUUUUACAAACUAAAUUUGAUUUGAUUACAAAAAAUUUCGAAGAUUUAAAGCAUCAAAUCGACAUUAGUAAAAAAUCGAACGAUAACAAUAUUUUACAACAUACCAAUCUUACACUAGAUUCGGCCCUUCUAAUGAAUUCAAUACAGAAAAUUAUUGAUGAAAAUCAUAAACUCAAAUCAGAAAUUGAAGAAAAAAAAUUGGAAACAACUCGUGUGCAACAGAAACUAUUUCAAAUGAUUGAUCGUGGCGAUACCGGUUGUUUAUCUCCACCGAAUGCUGAAUUAAUUUUAAAAUUAAAAGAAGAGAUAGUCGAUCUUAAAGAUCGAAUCCAAAGACUCAAAGAGGAAAACUACCGGUCAAUGCAAAUAAAUUAUCCAGCACCUAGACCACGAGCUCGUAAUCAAAUGAAACAAAUAUUUCAUGAUAUUCGUGAACGAUUCAAUCUUCAUCCUAAGCUGGAAUCUUUAUCGGAACAAAAUCGACAACUAGUUGAUGAUGUUCUUGCCGAAGUGUUGACAAUGCAGAUUGAAUCCAGUGAUUCAUUUACUAUCCAUAAUAAUGUUUCUCAUAAUAAUCAUGAUGACGAGCAUGAACAGCUGAAACAAGAACCAACUAUUUAAAUUGAUAGGCAAUUUUUAAUCAAAAGAAUAACUCGUCGAAUUUGAAAUGUGAUUGUAUUCAUCUGUUUUGUAUGUUCUCAUAUGAAUUUUAAAUUGAAAAAAUAAGAAAAUUCAAAAAAAAAUCAAUAAAAAACCACUUUUUUAGUUCA